AAAAUAGGCCCUCUGUUGCCAGUCGGGGUGGCUGGGUGUGCAGCUGCCACAUGCCCCAUGGAUCAGAACCUCCUGACCUGGCCAGGCCCCUGAGCACCCAGCCAGUAAAGAGGGAGAAAUCUCGGGGGCAAGAGAGAGCGAGGCCCUGGAGUGACUCGGAUCCUGUGUAGGGCAGCAUCAAAGACAAGAAAGUACUUAAAGCUCCAGGGAUGAGAAUUCUCCCUGUGUCCCAGCUGCAGAAAGGAGAGAAAAUCCCUUAGCUCUAAAAUGACAUCCGGAGAAGUGAAGACAAGCCUCAAGAAUGCCUACUCAUCUGCCAAGAGGCUGUCGCCGAAGGUGGAGGAGGAAGGGGUGGAGGAGGACUACUGCACCCCUGGAGCCUUUGAGUUGGAGCGGCUCUUCUGGAAGGGCAGUCCCCAGUACACCCACGUCAACGAGGUCUGGCCCAAGCUCUACAUCGGCGAUGAGGCGACGGCGCUGGACCGCUACCGGCUGCAGAAGGCGGGGUUCACGCACGUGCUGAACGCGGCCCACGGCCGCUGGAACGUGGACACCGGGCCCGACUACUACCGUGACAUGGACAUCCAGUACCACGGCGUGGAGGCCGACGACCUGCCCACCUUCGACCUCAGUGUCUUCUUCCAUCCGGCGGCCGCCUUCAUCGACAGAGCGCUGCGCGACGAUCACAGUAAGAUCCUGGUUCACUGUGUCAUGGGCCGCAGCCGGUCAGCCACCCUGGUCCUGGCCUACCUGAUGAUCCACAAGGACAUGACCCUGGUGGACGCCAUCCAGCAAGUAGCCAAGAACCGCUGCGUCCUCCCCAACCGGGGCUUUCUGAAGCAGCUCCGGGAGCUGGACAAGCAGCUGGUGCAGCAGAGGCGACAGGCCCAGAGCCAGGACAGUGAGGGGGAUGGCAGGGAACUGUAGGGCCCGACUCACCUGGCCAGCAGAGGCACUGGGGCCAGAGGGGAGAGGCACAACAUAGCCCUGGCCUAGGACUCCAGAUAAGGGACAGUUAAACCAAAGCUCGACUUCUUCCAAACCAUCUUGUUCAACUUCCCCAUGUGUGCUGGGGACAGGGAGGACCCAGAGUUGCCCCCGGGCAGAGCCGAGCACUCAAUCUCUCAGUGAAAUGGGAGGGACGGGCUCCCGGCUCUGGGUCACAGAGGAGCAUGCGACGCUGCACAGUCUCCCUGCCUUGCUUUUGUUUUUUUUUGGUGAGAAGGAAAGGAUUUUAAAAUGUGUAGGCAUUAUGUUGUGAUUAAACGUUUGGCUUUGUCUGAAAGGAAA